GGCGAGAUUAGCGCAGGAGGCUGUAGGAACUGGUCCGGCGCACGCGCGGGGAGUCGCGCCGCGGCCGGCGAGUUAGCCGACCGGCCACGGUACACUCAGUGUCAGUACUCGGUUCGCCUUGCCGCAACCAACUAGCGUUGUUGAGACCUUGCGAUCAAACCUCAAAAAAUUUCGCACGUGAGUUCCACUUGCUGCUUGUUUUUGUGAUAGUGUCGGGUGUGAAGUUCUGAAUUGUAUAUUGACGGGAUUUCUCAUUUGUUAAGGUGUGUCGGUCGAGUGGCGCGGUGCGAGGGUGUGAUGCGAGGGGGGCGGGGCCCGCGCAGGCGCCGGUAGCGACCAUGCGGAGACCGCGCGUCGCACGAGUCGUCGCAUGGUUUUUUGCAAUCGCCGCUACUCUCUCUAUUACGACUGCCUCUAGUGUUAUCAAGGGUCAGCGGGCGCCGUGCUCCAACGAAGGCGAGCCCGUAAGACUUCAAGACGCGCGGCUCGAACACGAUUGGAGUAGCUGUUUCCGUUGUAUUUGCAAGAACGGUUUCGUGGAGUGCCGAAAAGGCGUCGAAGAGUGCGGUCUAAUGGAAGAUUGUGCGGUUGUGAUGCCGCGUGAGGGCUGCUGCGCCCGCUGCAAGGGAUGUUGGUACAAUGGCACAGAUUACGCUUCUCAUACAGAAUGGGGAGACAGCGGCAAGCUGUACAGAUGUGAAGCUGGAGUGGUCACCAUCUCCCGGCCAGAAUGUUAUGCGCCGUGCGAUAAUCCGAAACACCAACGACACUAUAAUUGUCCUGUUUGUGAUGAAUGUGUUAUAAACGGCCAGCGAGUCUGGGAAGGUCGGGAUGUACGGAUUCCAGAGGAACCGUGCCUGUCAUGUCGAUGUGUGCGAGGUUCGCUAUCGUGUACAAAGCGAGCCUGUCCAGUACUACCUUGUGGGAAAGCCCAGCAGUUCACACCAGUUGGGGAAUGUUGUCCAAGAUGCUCACACCCAACAGCUGAUAAGAUACUACCAAUUUCAGGAAGCUCGCUACCAAAGCCGUGUAUAAUCGGCAAGGAGUAUCACGCGCACAUGAGCCAAUUCCAAGUAGACCCGUGCACUGACUGCACGUGUAUCAACGGGACCGCCGUGUGCGCACGUCACACGUGUCCCGUGUUGACAUGCACGCGUGCGCUGCCCCCGCCACCUGGCAAGUGUUGCCCCGAAUGCCCUAACGUCGAGGAGGCUAAGGCCGCUUGUAUUGUGGCGGGAAAAACUUAUCAGGAAGGAGAUACGUGGCAACUAGAUGCCUGCAAAUCCUGUGAAUGUCAUGGUGGUGAACCCAGGUGUGCCAUGGAAAGAUGUCCAACGCUCUCUUGUACCCCAGAUCAAACACUGCGACAGUCUCCAGGCCAAUGUUGCCCAAAAUGUAUCGACAUAGACGGAAUAUGUACAGUUUUUGGCGACCCACACUACAAGUCUUUUGACGGAAAGUUUUAUAGCUUUCAAGGAUCGUGCAAAUACCAACUAGUCUCAGAUUGCAAGAACCACACAUUCUCUAUAAGAAUAUCGAACGACGCCAGAAACACCUCACAUUCCUCUUGGACACGCACCGCAACACUUCGGAUUGGCUCCACUAAAAUAAACAUGGGAAGAAAAAUGCGUAUAAAAGUGAACGGACAAAGGAUAGCAUUGCCUCAUAUCAUAAAUGGCAUCGCCGAAAUUGGUCGCAGCAACGGGUCGGUCGUGCUCAAGUCUGAUAUAGGCCUACAGAUGCUCUGGGACGGGGAUGGGUUUCUGGAAGUGACCGUGUCGAGUUCGUAUAAGGGUCAGCUCUGCGGUCUCUGCGGGAACUUUAAUUCCGUAGCGAGAGAUGACAUGAGAACCCGUGACGGCAGGCUGAUAAACGAUGCAUGGAGAUUCGGUACUUCGUGGCGAGUGGGCGGUCACCGAGCGUGUACGAGGCGUCAGGAACGACCCGGUCUGAACACGCGGUGCAAAGCGUCGAAGCUGACUAAAGUGCGUCGUCUGUGUCGGGCCUUCGACCAUCACGAAGCUUUUUCCGAAUGCGGAGCGAAAGUGAAUCCGCAUAAUUACAAGGAAGCGUGCCUGUUAGAUGCGUGCAGUUGCACAGGUGUUCGGUGCCAUUGCGCCGCAUACAGGGCGUACGCGAGGGAAUGCACGCGCGUCGGAGCCGAACCCCGUAACUGGUUACAGGCCGCGUGGUGCGACCCCGCCGGCUCUCAACCGCCCUGGCUCCUUCGCGGACGGAAAGGCUUCGGCCGUGCUGCCAAGUCGAAAGAGCACAGCUUACCAAACUUAAGCGCCAUACCGAGGCGGAAUAAUAGUCGUGCGAGGCCGCCACCACUGCAUUUAAGACGAUAAUGUCACUAGUCAAAACUGCCAGUGUGGCUAUGUUAGCUUACAAAAGUGCUUCCACGCUGCAGCUCAAAGCUGCAACGGCGAAGAGGAAUGGAAUGAAGAUCUUACUUAACAGUAUUCAUAAACUACUUAUAGUUAGAAAAUAAAGCAUAGGUAAUAAUUGUACCACCUAUAGCUCAAUAUAACCUCGCCAAACCAGCUUACAUUCCUAUUGUAAUACACAUAUUUUUGCUGGUCCAAUUCAAUGGCGAAUAUAUAAAAUAUGUGAUAUUAGCUUUUGAUUCAUGAUUUAAAUAGUUCAAAACGAGAUCUCGUAGGUAGUGUUCAGAAUAGAUAUAGAUAUUUAAAGACGCUAUGGGGCUCCGCAAAUCUACCUAUAAUGUGUUAAUGGGGUCAUUCAGCUUCGAAGUUACGAUAAUCAAAUUGCCAUGAUUAAUUUUUUUUGAUUAUGUAAUAUGUACGUAUAUUUUAAUAGAGUGUAGAAAAAUGUCAACUGACAAAGACAAUAUACGUCUUAAAUUAGGCACUGACAUUUGACAGCUAGACCAAUGACAAUAUCUAUGGUUUCGUGUGGGCUAUAUAUGUAUAUAAUCUAUUAUCGUUAUUUAUUCUAAUUCGAGCUGACGUAAUCAUUUCGUAGCGACUAUUAAAUUAUCAAAGAAUAAUUUCGGGUAAAAUAAAAAAUGUGAAAUAAAACGUGCUCUAUGUAUUUGAAUAGUUAACCGAACUAAAGGUUAAUGACCUGUUUGUUGACAUUUCUACAUUCUAUUGGAAUAAACGAGUUGCGUAUCAAAGAUUUAGACGUAAUUCUUUUUAUGGCUUACUGUGUAUACGUGUUAAAUAAAAAUAUAUAGCUUGAAGGUUUUAAUGUAUCUUUUUAUAGCUGUUUAUAAACUAUAGAUACUAACCAGUUCCAAUUUUUUUAUCUAAUUUCACGUCGGUUAAUUUAAACUUACCAAAAAUGACUCUUUGAAGACUUGAAUUAGGUAUUUAAAUGCGUUACCAAUGAAUUUUUACUGACUUUUGAAAUGUAGUUUUAAAUCUGCAAUUCACUUUCAUAGUUCAAAUUCCUAAACAUUAACCGCAAUUUAUUUAUUAAAACUAAAUCAGUUUUAUAUCACUGUUUGAAGUAGCACAACAAAACACAUUUUUUUAGAGUAUUUAAAACAGUAGACUGAUAUAGU